GGCUAUAGUAGAGGGUCUGGCCUGUCCAUGGUGUGGUGCGAGACCGCGCACCGUACAAAAGGGGAUUCCGGGAGGUAUUCCGCACCGCUGGCAUUCUAUCGCGACGGCUCCAAAGGCACCGUCUGUGCAUGGUCUCGUCGUCUCAGGCCUAGUCAUCCGCUUCGACGCUACGAUCGGCGGGUUUGGGCUCUGCGGGCAUCCACGUCCUCCUGCAUCCACGACAGCCAAGCGGCGUGCCAUCGGACUGGUCCUUCGUCCACAGCAGCGAAGCGACGCAUCAUCAUCGUCGUCCGUCGGCAAGGUGCCCGUCAUCGACCUCCCACCGCUCCUUCAUUCGCGUCGUCCACGUGGUCCUUCGCCCACGUCAGCCAAGCGCCGCAGCUGUUUGCAUUCGGCACGCACUUCUUUGUGGACAACAUGGCACCGCGCGGCGCUUCAGGGAAGGCGAAAAGAAACAGCGGACCGGGCGACAGUGGGGAGACCCAAAAAGGCAGAGGGCACGUGCCGAAGUCGAAAAGGCCGCGCUUCGAUGACGACAGCUCCGAACAUAGUGGGGAUUUGCACGGCGAGGAAGAGUCGAUGGUGGAUGCAGAAGGGGCGGACGUCAUGAAGCGAUUGGGGCUUGGGUGGGACGGGGUGUCGAGGGAGCAGUUGGCCGCUCUAAAGCAAGGCUUGGUCGGUGGUGUCGCCGUCUCGUUGGCACGAACCCCGAAGGCGGCAGGGAUUGUCAUGACGGACGCGCGUGUGGCGAGACAAGUUCCGCCAAAGGUCGGGCAGGUGGCGCCACGUCAGUCAAUCCCCGCGCUACAGGCGGGGACUUUUGGGGUGGGAAAAACACCGUCCGCGCAAAAGGUUGACACGACGGCGGGCGGUGGUCGGACGGUGGCGGCGGAUAACACCACCGGGAGCGGAGUCGCAGAGGGUGCGGAAGAGGGGAGGGACGAUGACGUCCGCCACGAUGAUGCGAGGAAGGAUGCUAGGGGGGGGGCGAUGAUGACGACGACCGGACCGGGGAAGCCAUUGAGGGAGGCGGUAGGCGAUUGCACGGACUACUUCGUCGCCAUCGCCAACGGGGAUGCAGGAGCGGAACCGCCUUCGAUGCUGGUAAUGCCGCCGAAUGAUGUGCCGCGCUUCAAGAUCGACGACCCUGUGCAGCGUGAACCGGCUCUGCGCAGAGCGCGCAACGUGGAGAAAGUGGUGUUGUGUGCCAUCCACGGUUGGAUCUUCAAAUCGUCGUCGAGGUCGACAGGCUUCGCUCGUGCAAAAUCGUAUGUGACAGUGGACUUCGCAAAAGAUGUCGCGCAAGCAGUCUGGCAGACUUUAGAAUGGUCGAAAGUCGUUUCCCCUGCCCUUGUCUACCACACACUGGCGAUGAAGAUGGACGUGCCUUUGUGGUUCGCCGGAGUGAAGAUUGUGGAUAGGCCCGAAGACGACGACGUGGCGGCGCGGCAGGAGGUGACAGUUCUUCGCCUGGCAGACUGCUGGACAGAUGCAGUUUGGUGCGGGCAAUGGGCGGAUGGUGGCCGCGUGAAACAGGAUAGGUUGACGCGCCUUGCGGAUUGUCUUCGAGUUUUGUUGAGCGCGUGCAUGUGGAUCAUGCGGAUGGGCGGUGACGACGACGGCUCGCACUACGAGGCAUCAUUCUACGCAUCCAUGGUCACCAAACCAACACUCAUAGCGGCGGGCUCCUACAUCUUCAAUUGGCGGCGGCACGUCGUUGACACCGCCAACCUCAUCUUGGAUCGUUUGGGGAAGGCCCACCUCACGCUGGGAGAUUGCCCGCAUUGCAUCCCUGAAUGGGCCGAUUGCGGGUUGGUUUUCGGUCACAACGCGGCCCUCAAGAAUGCAGCGGAAGCAGCAAAACACGGGUGGAUCGGCAGCGACCCACUGGCGGAUGACGAUGGCGAUAACGAGAAGUGACACGUGGUUCAUUCGCAAGGCCGCGGCGGGAUGGGGGCGGGKGGGGGGAUUGAUGGUGGCGGGGGGGGUGGAAGUUGGACUCCUGUUUUCGAAUUCCGCGUCAAUAUUCAUUUGUGGAAGGAAUGUAUGUAAUUGAAGUCUUAUUUUAUGUGUGAGAAUUGUGUACUCGCAUGUCCGUGAUUUGUCGCUCAAAGUUGGUUUUGUUGUCUUUCGUGUGGAUGUAUCAUGUAUGGAAUGCGUUAAUAGCGAUUGUCGUGUCCUUCACAGCUUUUGCUUCUGCAAGCGGCCCUUCGUCGGAUGUGUGAAAAGUCUGCGUCCAUAUCAUCGCCCGCACCUGCGAAAACGGGAACGACAAAAAAAACAGGACGAGAGAAACGAACCUGGCCACGCACUGUCACCACGCAUUUGCUAAAAGAACAAAAUUGAAAACCAUAG